AUGUCCUCGCAAGACCAAACACUAGCCUCUCUUCUCUCCCAGUUAGCCCUAUCCUUCGACGACAUCGUUUUAGGUUUAGCCAACCAAUGUACACCCAAAUAUCACACCACUAAAGUACCUAAACAUCACAUUGGCAAAGCACCAAAUCAACACAUGUCUAUUAAACACCAUAACAACAAUUGCUUCGUUUUCAAAAUGAAUCAAUGUCUCAAUUCAACCAACCUGCACAAGCAUCUCUAG